AUGGGACCCCCUGGUGAUGAUGGAGCUCUGAUUGAGGGUCUGCAGGAAGGCGGUGGGUCGGGCAAAGUACCAAAGAUUUCGAUUCUUCGACUGGAGAUUGACACUGCUAUGAAGGACGAAGCAGUGACACAUUUGAUUCAAAUUCUUCAAAAGACACCCGACGCUAUUGAAAAAGAUAUUGCUACCGAUAUGAAGAAACAUUUCGACCAAAAAUACGGACAGACAUGGCAUUGCAUUGUGGGGAAAGGCUUUGGAUGCUCAAUUGCAUACGACACGCAAUACUUGCUUUUCUUUCGCGCUGACCAGCACUACGUUUUGAUAUUUAAGUCAACCGAGUGA